CCCUAGGGUUUUCAGUGAACUCGGCGAAGCCUGACCAGAGUCUCUCACCCGAGGCAGCGGAUCUGUCCGGUGGCUUGCUCUUUCUGAGAGUAGUGAAGAUGUACACGUCAAGGAAGAAAAUCCAUAAAGACAAUAAUGCUGAGCCAACUGAGUUUGAAGAGUCGGUUGGGCAGGCUUUCUUUGAUUUGGAAAAUACCAAUCAGGAGCUGAAAAGUGAUCUGAAAGAUCUAUACAUAAAUUCAGCUGUUCAAAUUGAUGUAUCUGGGAACCGCAAGGCUGUGGUUAUACAUGUUCCCUAUAGACUAAGGAAGGCUUUUAGGAAGAUUCAUGUUAGGCUUGUCAGAGAGCUUGAGAAGAAGUUCAGUGGGAAGGAUGUAGUCUUGAUUGCCACCCGGAGGAUAUUGAGGCCUCCAAAGAAGGGUUCUGCUGUGCAACGUCCACGUAGCCGCACAUUGACUGCUGUGCAUGAAGCAAUGCUGGAAGAUGUUGUAUUGCCUGCCGAGAUUGUUGGGAAGCGCAUUAGGUAUCGAGUUGACGGAUCCAAGAUUAUGAAGGUUUUCUUGGACCCCAAGGAGCGAAAUAACACUGAGUACAAGCUUGAGACUUUUGCUGCAGUAUACAGGAAGCUGUCGGGCAAAGAUGUGGUCUUUGAUUAUCCUGGCACAGAGGCUUAGGUUUUCUAUAGCUUGAAUUUUUUCAAGAGUUGAAAUAUUGUGGACGUCUCGGCUUUUACUAUGGACUUUUUUCGGUGAUGUUGAAGAAAGUUUGCCUUACUUUGGCUCUAUUUAUGUAGGAUUUGGUUUUGUAGUUGCCAUCAUUCUAUUUGGAAAUCUUAAUUACAGCCCGGUUGGAUUCCCUUUUCAUGUCAUUA